UGUCAGUAAAGUUGCGAAACUUGUAAAGAAAGUUAUUUUGUUUGUUGUCCUAGUUUCAUAUAUGAACGCAAUAGUUCUAAAAUAUAAAGUUCGUGUUUACUAGAAAGUUACGCUUGGUAAGGUGAUCAUAAUGAAUCAAUACGUAAUCGAGAGACGCCUGUGCAUAUGUUACGGGAUGCUGGCGCUGCUGCUCACGAUAGCAGUGGUCUUCGUCGCCAUCCCUUUUAACCAUUGGCGCACCACGCUUAAUGUCUGUCCAGGGAACUAUUUUGAGAACACUAAUUGUGGAUGUAUAUUUUAUGGCGUCACUACAUAUAGAAACUUUAAUGGGGGCCACCACUCCAGGUGCAUGUAUGCCACUUUGGCACCAGUGCCUGUAUUAGUAUAUGCUAUAAUCAUGGCUCUGUUUCACAUGUACAGAGUUUGCAUAAACAAUGUUGGCAGAUAUGAGGAUGAAAAGUCUACCUCUAUGCAGGAAAUAGAGGGACAAUCAAUAGUAGUGACAUCAAGGGCUAGAGUGGCUCAACGCAAUGAUUCUGUGAUCUACUGCUGGGUUCCAUCAGCUAUUAUUGGUGCAUGUUUCUGUAUUUAUAACUUGGUUCAUGCAGCUAUUAUAACAGAUGGAUUUGUUAAAACCUGUAACCAGUAUCGAAGCUACCUUGUCACGGAACUUCGUGCUGCUGGAGACCAAACUACCGCCAUUCACUUCCGUCUCAGCUGUCAAGCUAUUUACGAUUAUAUGGACUACAUACAGAAGAACCCGAACGGCAUAGUCACUCAAGGGGAAUAUUACAUAAACACAGGUUUGCUCCUGCAGUUGGCCAUCAUAGCCUCCUGGGUGUCGGUAGCUAUUUGGAUGGCAGUGGUCGUGUUCACGACCAUGCGGGCAUACAAGGAGCGUCACGUGCUGACAUGCUGCGGGCACUAAUCACCCUUCUCCUAUCGUAAUUAAAGACGAUAAACCCCCAGUCCGUUGGUAGGUGUCGUUCGGGUUUGAAAGUCUGCAGUUGGUUAAAGAACCUUACCAGUGGAUAGUUAUCAUUUGUACCUAACCAGACAACCACAUGACUAUAUACCAAGUUGUUUAAUAAUUUAAUAAGCGAACAGUAUACAUGUACCGCUGUAUGGGAUCCAUGAUAAAUUGAACAACUCCUCAAGUCUUGAUGGAUUCAGAUUCAAACCUUAAAACCAGAAACGUAGCCGGAGAGCGAAACUUCUUAGAUCUUAGUGGCAUGACUGGUUGUCAAGACAGGAACUAGCGUUGCAGAAUGCUGCGUCACUCAUAACAUAAACUUAUUGUGGGAGGCAUUGUUGCGCUGCACACUUUGACGUUUUUCCAAAUACGCAGGAUGUAAUUUUGGCGGAGAAGUUAGCCGGUUGGUGGGAACUUGUAGAGUUGUCAAUACGUACACCUAAGAAAUUUUGCGCGCGACUAAGAAAUUUUGUUACAUCCAUUACACCUUAAUAUUUUGAAGCGCGUCUAAAUAGCUGUUUAAACUAGAGACGCCCCGAAUAGUGGUUUUGGAAUACCGACUAUUCGGCCCCUAUCUCGGCCGAAGCGCCAAAUAUUCGUCGACCGAAUAAUUGGCAUGACAUGCGAACAUAUCGAGUCACAAUUAUUAUGAAAACUGUUCACCAACAAAGCAUAACGUUGGCUAAGAUAUAUUUUCUGAUGAACAGAAUAAUGAAUGUAGUUAGUCAAUCAAAUCGCACCCAUGAUAAAAAUAAAAUAUUUUCUAAAUCAACAAAUGCUCAAAAAAGAUUAAAUAUACAUACCUAGUUUUUGGUUAUUUUUAUUGAGUAUUUUUUAUUUUUAGGUAGGUGCAACAGAUAUUCGGUAUUAGCCUGAAUAAUAGGCAACAUUCGGCCGAAUACCCAAUAUUCGACAAAGUGACCGAAUACCGAAUAGUUGCCGAAUAUUCGUGGCAUCUCUAGUUUAAACAUAGCUUUUUCCCUCCCUAGUGUUAUUACAUACUUAGAUGAUUGAUUACCUAAUGAAACAACAAACAAAUCGAUAGG